AAUUCAAUGUACAGCGACGCGUUAGUGGGGAACCUUAUUACCAGCCACAGAGAGAGAGAGACCCAGCAGAGAGAAAUAACACCGGCUAGAGCCGCGUCGGAACCGGACUGGAUAAACAAUUACCGGCUUGAAAGAAGCAGAAGUUAUUUAGCGUCAUAAACCCGUGGAUGCUGGGAUGAAGACACCAGAGAUGGGUUGUAUAUACUGGGAAUAAAAGUCUUGCAUCAGCGCGAAAGGAGGAUUUCAACGAAGUCAGCGGAGUAAAUAAAAAAAAACCCAUUUGAUUCAAGGAGAAGGAAACCUGACUGCAAGUUAUGUCGUCGGAAAAACACGCUCUCGAUGACUCCGGCCGUCAGACCAUGCAACCACCUCCGUACCUCCCUGGGCCUCAAGACCCCAAUGUCCCCCAGCACCCCAACAUGCCGCCUGCACCUCCAGGCUCCCAGCCAAACUACCCACCUCCGCCUCCGCCUCCAGGCUCAGAGGGCUACCUCCAAGAGACCCAGUUCCACUGUGGCCCGCUGGGACCACCCGGUGCUCCACAGGGCUAUACAGUCCAGACCCAGGGCCCGGGAGGCACCAUGCCUCAUCCCCCUGUAGGGUACCUCCACCCGGGCUACCCCCUCCAGCUGCAGCCCUGCACGGCUUACGUACCCGUCUACCCCAUGGCAUCGGGUCAGCCCUACAUGCCAGGCGGAGCGGGCCACCCAGGGAUCCCACCCGGCCAGAUUCAUCCCAUGCAGAUGCCCCCAAGCAUCACCCUCAUGGACCGCCGACCCCCCCACGACUACCUGCCCAUCGCCGUGCUCACCACCGUCUGCUGCUUCUGGCCCACAGGCAUCAUCGCCAUCAUCAAAGCAGUGCAGGUGCGCACGGCGAUAGCCAGAGGAGACAUGGUGACGGCGGAGAUAGCGUCCCGCGAGGCCCGCAACUUCUCCUUCAUCAGCCUGGCCGUCGGCAUCGCCUCCAUUGUGCUGUGCACCAUCCUCACCGUGGUCGUGAUCAUCGCCUCGCAGCACCAUGACGACGACUGGGAGCCGUAACCACGCGUAAAGUCAGACCAGACACAGGGGGAAUCAUGGAAUAUAUUAGCUAGCUAACUACUCUCAACCGGGUGGAGACAUAGGAGCACUGAAAAUGCACUCACUGCUACACUAAGGGUCUGACCGCCAGGCCCCCGUGUACAGUCAAACACACAGCCCCGACCUAACCUACUGGCAUCAAACACUCACCGACGACCAAAAAACAACCAAUCACAGCCGACCUUCAGAAUGCCAAAUACAAGUAGUGUUGGUAUUACAACAACUGUUUAUUAUUUCCAUUCAGAUACAAGCUUAGCAGGGGAGGCAAGGCUCCCAGCAUUAACAAUUAACUCCGACACUGAUUAAUUCAUGAGCCCUUUGCAAAUGUAGUUAGAGCAGAGACUAAAUCUAAAUGGAGCUGAAAUUAGAGGCACCACGCUCAAAAAAGGUAUUAUUUAUUUAUUUUUUAUAUUUAUGAUAGUGACUUACGCACAUAUUAGUCAGACAAGUAAAAGUAUUUCUGUGUAUUUCUCUAUCAAAAUAACGUGCUAUGUCGAAACAGUGUUUUCCUAUUGAUUAAAUGGAAUAGGGUUAUUACUGAUACACUUACGUAACAGACUGCCAAACUGAUGUAGAGUACAGUAGUGUUAGAGCGGGUGAUCAAUAUGUAUUCAACAACCAAAUGGAGAGUGGACUGACAAAGUGACUGUCUAACCAAACAUGGAGUAUUUAUUUGAGAUUGGUCGGAACUGUUUCUACGUUAUAUUGUAUUGACAUUUUAGUUAAGAUAAAAUAGCACUGGCUGUCAUACUUUAUGUAUUAUACUUUUGGGUUUAUUUAUUUAAGAUAUUUAUUAAUUUAUUGGGUAUCUACCACUGCACAGUCCUUGUCUUACAUUAUUUACAGUGUAUCACUAGCUUGCAGCUACCUGACACUUUGAAAUUGGCUUAAAUUUGAUAUCUUAUUGGAUGAUAUAUUGCACUUUCUAGUAACAAAAUGGCACAGCAGCUUACAUUUAUAGUCCUUAGUGCAUGAUGAAUAUCAGUUUGUUUUGAAGCUGAUGGGCUUUAGUGCUAAAAUAGCUUGUCUCCCAGAAGUGGCUGGAAUAACAGUAUUUCCUAAAAAUUUCAUAUUUCUAGAAACGUGGUAUUUUUAAAAAAAAGAUUUUGUCGGUGUAAGUGAAAUGAGCUACUUGUCGUAGCCAGAAAAACGAGACCGUUUAGAAUUAUUAUUAUUAUUAGCGCUAUAUUUGAAUUUAGAAUUUGAAUAGGUUUGCAGGUAACGUUUUCACAAGUACUUUAGGAUUUUACUGGCCUAUUUUGUGUUGCACAUUUCACACUAUUUAAUCUCUCACACUGUAUAUGAAAAUAACUACUUUGAAAGGAUUUGGUGCAAUGUUGGUGCCUGCUUAGAUGGGACCUGCUUGUGACUUGAGCCCGCCAUCCUCACCUUCCAUUUGUCUUAAAUACUGAUGCUAGUUGUGAGGCUGCGAGCUUAUUUCACUAAUUUUCUCCAAGGAAUUAGAGCCCCCCCCUCCUAUAUAUGGCUUUUCUAAUGUAGCGCAGCACUGAGUGGCAGGUACACUGCUGUUUGCAAGAGCCAAAAAUGGCUGUAAUGUAACACUAUCAACCAAUUGAGCAGGAAUUACAGUGGAACUGAAAAUGAAUGUUUUCCAGUAAGAGAGACACAGAGAGAGAGAGCGAGAGGGAGGGGAAAAAAACAAUGCCUGUACCAUAUUGUAGCACUUUCCUCUGUUUGAAUUCUUUCUUCUCUGAACCCCUUAUAUCUUUUUUUGUUGUUGUUUAUUUUUCAUCCUCUUGACACUUUUUCUUUCAGGUUAUUGGACCUAAACAAUGACAUAUCUCUUCUGCUUCUUCCUUUCCUGUUUAUUCCUAUAAUUUAAAAAAGACCUAUAGAGAGAUAUUAUAAUUUCUUUAUUAUUGUUAUUAUUAUUAUUAUUAUUAUUAUUAUUAUUGUUAUUAUUAUUAUUCUACCAAGUGGCAAUUACUUUGCAUUUGAUUAUCACUGAUGUCUAAUAAGUGCAUUUGACAGAUUUUGUCUUUAUUUUGAUAGCUAAUCUUGAUGUGUUGGAGAGAGUGAAUUAAGCACAGUUACCCUCCGUGCUGUUUCUCACCUUUGUACAAAAAAAAAAAAAGGAAGUUAUUCAGGAAGUGGGUGUGCGUAUUACUCAGUAAAGUCACUCCUAGCAUAUCUAGUUUAGACAGCGCUAGGCUGAAUCUCGUGCUUUAUUGCCAAAUAGUUAUUUUGUUUUUGUUAUUUUUUUUUCCUGUGGUGUACGACACACGAUAUUGGCUGAGCGACAUGAACUGUAGCUGUUCACUAUACAGUUGGGAGAUUCUGUACCUCGUUUAUUUGUUUAUUUAUUCAUUUAUUUAUUUUGUUGAGCUUUGUAAAUGCAACGGGUUGCUUGUUUCAAAGAGGCGGCUGACAAAUUACCUGUGUACAUGUGCUUCUCUUGGGGUUUGUUAUUAUGUUUAUGGAUGUGUUGCACAUGCAUUGGUUGCUUCUGACUUCAGUUUGAAUAAUGAAUAAAGAAUAAUUUUUGGUUGUGAACGA